AUGGCUCCUCACCUUACUUGCAUUUGUAGCUCCCUCAAUGAGUCGGAUCAAGUCGUUACAUCUCCUAAUACUAUGAAUCAUGAAAUGGACACUUCCGAUUGCGAGUUCUUGUGUAAAUGCUAUUCUGAUGGCUCGAUCUUCAUUGAAAAUUUUAAGAGAGAGCUGGUUCCAAUCAACCAGGCGGUCAACCAACCCUUUUCCAAACCAAGCUGUGUUUGUGCUUCUUUUUGUUCCUCUGGUGGAAAAAGGUUUUUAUUUGUUGGAAGAAGUGAUAAUGUUGUAACAACUUACAUCCAAUGCUCUCUUGAUGGGAGAGAGCGUUUUUUUGAAUCGCAAAGCAGAGCCUUAAACUGUGUUUCGCCAAUAACUUGCAUGACGAUGACCUCCGUGCAUUCAUCCAAUAAUAAUUCAAAUAAUGAAUGUUCCAUGAUGAUGGUAAUCGGGCUAUAUUCAGGACAUGUCCUUUUGUAUCAUAUCCUCUAUGACUCCAUUGGUAUUCUUCAAUGGAAACAAUUCGAUUACUUCAACGAAAAGGCUUCCUCAGUGGUUCUCCUUCGUGUUCUUCCAUGUCAGGAGUCCUAUGAACAUGAACGAGCAUUAUAUUGCCGUUCUUUUUUCUUAUUUUCUCAGCGUUCUAAUGGAGUGUUAGAAGUUUCUGAGAUGAAAGUCGAAUCUCGUCAAUUGCCAGUUGGAAACAACUCUUUUCUUUCAGGUGUGAAUGUUUCAGUUCAUAAUCGUCAAAUGAUCAAUGCAAGCAAAACCUGCCCUUGUAGUAUCGCAUGUACAAAACUUGUAUACCCUUCACUGAUUUGUGUACUAAUUGGAGGAGAGAGCAGCUUAUCCUUGAUUUACUCGAAGGACGAAUUUAGAACAUUCAAGACCAUUCCUAUUCAAGUUCCUUCAGGAUGUGUGAUUUGCUGUACCUUAGCAGUGAGACAUGAAAAAGAGGAUGGAGCUUUGUUAACUCUUCUCUGCGGAGAUCAAUUUGGUCAAUUGUACAGAAUUAAGAUAGUGAAAGAGUCAUUUGAAGUUGUUGCCAAGCUGUUGGAGUUUAAAAGCUCCAGCUUCCUGUCUCCCUCCCUAAGUUCCAUGACCAUGCACUGUGUAUUGGUUAAAAAGAACGGACGACACAAGAUCCUAUUUCAUGACCGAUCUGGCAAAUGUUUAGAAUUUUAA